UGUUUACGUAGCGACGAGACAUUUAGGUUUCCAGAAGGCAGGUCAUCGCAGGCCCCACCCAGCGGUGGAGAGAGUGAAUCCCAGAGGGGGUUGCCAGCGAGUUCCUCCUCCUUCCCCUUCCCGCUAUCCCUGAGUCUAGGGCUCCCAGGGGCGUACGACGCCAGCGCCCUCUGACCACACCUCUGACCACAACAAAUCCCUACUCCACCCGUCUUCUUUGUCCCACCCUUCGUGACACAGAACCCCAGCCCAGGCCCCGCCCAAAGCACUCAUUUAACUGUUAUUGCGGAGCUGCGAGGCGCUGCUUCUGCUCGCUGCAACUCGCUCAGGCAGCUGGGCGUAGCUGCGACCCAGUGGAGUCCCGGCGGCGCGUACUUAUUCUGACCUCGCGCGCCAUGACUGUUGCGCGGCCGAGCGUGCCCGCGGCGCUGCCCCUCCUUGGGGAGCUGCCCCGGCUGCUGCUGCUGCUGCUGCUGCUGUGCCUGCCGGCUGUGUGGGCUGACUGUGGCCCUCCCCCAGCUGUACCUAAUGCCCAGCCAGCUUUGAAAGGCCUUACAAGUUUUCCCGAGAACACCAUAAUAACGUACAGAUGUGAUGAAAACUUUACGAAAAUUCCUGGCAAGCACGACUCAGUGAUGUGCCUUCAGGACAGUCAAUGGUCAGAUAUUGAAGAGUUCUGCAAUCGUAGCUGCGGUGCGCCAACCAGGCUGAAGUUUGCAUCCCUCAAACAGCUUUAUAUUCCUCAGAGUUAUUUUCCAGUCGGUACUGUUGUGGAAUAUGAGUGUCGUCCAGGUUACAGAAGAGACCUUUCUCUAUUAGCAAAACUAACUUGCCUUCAGAAUUUAAAAUGGUCCACAGCAGCUGAAUUUUGUAAAAAGAAAUCAUGCCCUAAUCCUGGAGAAAUACCAAAUGGUCAGAUCGAUAUAUCAAAUGGCAUAUUAUUUGGUGCAGCCAUCUCCUUCUCAUGUAACACAGGGUACAAAUUAUUUGGCCCGACUUCUAGUUUAUGUCUUGCUUCAGACAGUGGAGUCCAGUGGAGUGACACGUUGCCAGAGUGCAGAGAAAUUUAUUGUCCAGCACCACCACAAAUUGACAAUGGAAUAAUUCAAGGGGAACGUGAACAUUAUGGAUAUAGACAGUCUAUAACGUAUUUAUGUAAUAGAGGAUUCACCAUGAUUGGAGAGCACUCUAUUUAUUGUACUGUGAAUGACGAUGAAGGAGAGUGGAGUGGCCCACCACCUGCAUGUAGAGCAAACUCUCUAGUUUCCAAGGCCCCACCAACAGUUCAGAAACCUACCACAGUAAAUGUUCGAACUACAGAAGUCUCACCAACUUCUCAGAAAACCACCACACCAAAUGCUCAAGCAACACGGAGUACACCUGCUUCCAGGACAACGAAGCAUUUUCAUAAAACAACCCCAGAUAAAGAAAGUGGAACCAGUUCAGGUACUACCCAUCUUCUAUCUGGGUCUCAUCCUGUCACCCAGGCUGGUAUGCGGUGGUGUAUUCAUAGCUCACUGCAGUCUCGAACUCCUGGGCUCAAGCGAUCCUUCCACUUCAGUCUCCCAAGUAGCUGGUACUACAGGGUACACGUGUUUCACGUUGACAGGUUUGCUUGGGACGCUAGUAACCAUGGGCUGGCUGACUUAGCCAAAGAAGAGUUAAGAAGAAAAUACACACAACUAUACAGACUGUUUCUAGUCUCUUAGACUUAUCUGCAUAUUGGAUACAAUAAAUGCAAUUGUGCUUUUCAUUUAGGAUGCUUUCAUUGUCUUUAGGGUGUGUUAGGAAUGUCAACAAAGGAGAAAAAAGGCAGUCCCAGAAUCACAUUCUCAGCACACCUCUACCUCUUGAAAAUAGAACAACUUGCAGAAUUGAGAGUGAUUCCUUUCCUAAAAGUGUAAGAAAGCAUAGAGAUUUAUUCAUAUUUAGAAUGGGAACACAAGGAAAAGAGAAGAAAAGUAAUUUUUUUUCCCACAAGAUCUUCCUACUUAUGAAGGAAAUAAAAAAUGAAAAACAUUUGGAUAUCAAAAGCAAAUGAAAACCCAAUUCAGUCUCUUUUAAGCAAAAUUGCUAAAGAGAGAUGAACCACAUUAUAAAGUAAUGUUUGACUGUAAGACAUUUUCAUUUUUCCUUCAGAUUGGCAAAAUAUUUUAAAGGUAAAACAUGCUAGUGAGCCAGGGGUGUUGAUGGUGACAAGGGAGGAAUAUAGAAUGAAAGACUGAGUCUUCCUUUGUUGCACAAAUACAGUUUGCAAAAAGCCUGUGAAAGAUGUCUUCUUUGACUUAAUGUCUUUAAAAGUAUCCAGAGAUACUACAGUAUUCACAUAAGAAAAGAUUAUAUGUUAUUUCUGAAGUGAGAUGUCCAUAGUCAAAUUUGUAAAUCUUAUUCUUUUGUAAUAUUUAUUUAUAUUUAUUUAUGACAGUGAACAUACUGAUUUUACAUGUAAAACAAGAAAAGCUGAAGAUAUGUGAAGAAAAAUUUAUUUUCCCUAAAUAGAAAUAAAUGAGUGAUCCCAUUUUUUGGU